CAGCGGCUGUCAGGAGGUCGCCAUAUUUCUGUACGGCCCUGAGGUAGUCCAGGCGGUGGGUCUGGAGAGGUGCUGACGGGGCGGGGCCGCCGCUCUGCUCCGCCAGACUCACUCCUCUGGCUGGGGACAGGUGGCUGGAGUGCGCCCCGCCUCCACCAGCUGCCGGGGAAACUAGGGAGAACCAGUCCGCUAGGGCCGCCGCCAGCAGCAGCGAGUGGGAGUGAGUGAGUGCGAAUCGGUUACGGCCAAGCGAGGAGUCCGGCAGCUGCAAAGGAGUACCGAGUACCGCGGCCGCCAAAACAAUGCUCCUGUACCGAGGGGCCCCUGGGGGCCCGGGCGCGCCAGGCCGAGGGCUGGCCCGGCCAGGCAGCGGCCCACACGCCUUUGGAAUCCGCCUGAGCACGAUGAGCCCUCGCUACCUACAGAGCAACUCCAGCAGCCACACGCGCCCCUUCAGCGCCAUCGCGGAGCUGCUAGAUAAUGCUGUAGACCCAGACGUAUCAGCCAGGACAGUCUUUAUAGAUGUUGAAGAGGUCAAGAAUAAAUCUUGUUUGACCUUUACUGAUGAUGGAUGUGGGAUGACACCUCACAAACUCCACCGAAUGCUCAGCUUUGGCUUUACAGAUAAAGUGAUAAAGAAGAGCCAGUGUCCCAUUGGCGUGUUUGGUAAUGGUUUCAAGUCAGGCUCCAUGCGGCUAGGAAAGGAUGCUCUUGUCUUCACCAAGAAUGGGGGUACUCUCACUGUUGGACUCCUGUCACAAUCCUAUCUGGAAUGUGUCCAGGCCCAGGCAGUUAUUGUACCAAUUGUUCCAUUCAACCAGCAAAACAAAAAAAUGAUUAUUACUGAGGAUUCCUUGCCCAGUCUAGAAGCCAUCUUGAACUAUUCAAUUUUCAACAAUGAAAAAGACCUGCUAUCCCAGUUUGAUGCCAUCCCAGGCAAAAAAGGCACUCGUGUUCUCAUUUGGAACAUCCGAAGAAACAAAGAUGGAAAGUCAGAGUUAGACUUUGAUACAGAUCAGUAUGACAUCUUGGUAUCGGACAUUGAUGCAGAAGAAAAAGAGACUGAUGGUAUUACCUCUGAGCUGCCAGAAACAGAGUAUUCUUUACGGGCAUUUUGUAGUAUUCUAUAUAUGAAGCCACGAAUGAAAAUUUUUCUGCGUCAAAAGAAAGUGACUACCCAGAUGAUUGCCAAGAGCCUGUCCAAUGUAGGUUAUGAUAUAUAUAAGCCUACCUUCACUAAUAAGCAAGUUAGAAUCACUUUUGGAUUCUCCUGCGAGAAAAGUAACCACUUUGGAAUAAUGAUGUAUCAUAACAACCGGCUCAUAAAGUCAUUUGAGAAAGUGGGAUGCCAGGUGAAGCCAACUCAAGGAGAAGGUAUGGGAGUAAUUGGAGUCAUUGAGUGCAAUUUCCUAAAACCUGCCUAUAACAAACAAGACUUUGAAUACACCAAGGAGUACCGAUUAACAAUAACUGCCCUUGCUCAGAAGCUCAAUGCUUAUUGGAAGGAAAAGACAUCACAAGUGAAGUUUGAAACUUCAACUGUAACCAAGAAGAUUCCUGAUCAGACAUGGGUACAAUGUGAUGAAUGUCUAAAAUGGAGGAAGCUUCCUGGCAAAGUAGAUCCAUCUACAUUACCUGCAAGAUGGUUUUGUUACUAUAAUUCCCAUCCAAAAUACAGGAGAUGCUCUGUUCCAGAAGAACAAGAACCUGUUGAUGACGAUCUGUACUUGAGCAAAGCUAAGAAACAAGAUCAAACUAUUGAAAAGAAGAUACCUAUGGAAAAUGAGACCUAUCAGGUAUUUGGUAAUCUACCAAAGAUUCCUAUGGUUCAAGAAAUGGCUGAACUGAAUGACAAGACAAUUGGACAUAAAGGGAUGGAUACACCUAACUUGCUUCCGUAUGUUGGAGAAGAAUACCAAUCACCUUCUCUCCAAGUUAAACGUCUGGAUUCCAGUGUUUUUCAGUUUUCCAGUAAGUGCAAAUGGAUACUUGGUGAAGAACCUGUGGAAAAACGAAGAAAGAUCCAGAAUGAGAUGACUGCAUCUCCUAUAGAUUAUUCUAUGCAUAGCUCUUGCAGGAGAGUAGAGACAGUUGUUCCCUGCCCAGAAGGGGAGAAUAGCAAUGAUAAAUCCAGUGCUGAGAGAAGUACACCACCAUAUCUUUUCCCAGAAUACCCAGAAGCAAGCAAGGAUUCAGGACAGAAUAGAGAAGUUUCAGUUGUAUAUCCAGGGGCCCAAGACCAACACCAGGAGUCCCAUCUUUCUGAAGAAUUAGAAGAUCAGAUGCCAAGAUUGGUAGCUGAAGAAUCUAACAGAAGUAGCACAUGUAUAAACAAAGAAGAUGUGAACAAGGGACCAUUUGUAGCUGUUGUUGGUGUUGCAAAAGGCAUUAGAGAUUCUGGAGCUCCCAUUCAACUAAUCCCUUUUAACAGAGAGGAGUUUGCUGAAAAAAGAAAAGCAGUUGAAUCUUGGAACCCAGUGCCUUAUUCUGUGGCCUCUUCUACAAUUUCUGCUGUAGCCAUUGGAGAGAAACAAAGAAGCUACAAGGUAGCUGGAUGUCAUAAUACACAAAAGAUGAAUAACCAAAGUGAGCUAGAAGAAUUGAAGAGAACUACAGAAAAAUUGGAACGUGUUUUGGCUGAAAAGAAUUUGUUCCAGCAAAAGGUGGAAGAGCUAGAACAGGAGAAGAAUCACUGGCAUUCUGAAUUCAAGAAGGUUCAACAUGAAUUGGUAACCUACAAUACCCAAGAAACAGAGGGCUUGUACUGGAGCAAGAAACAUAUGGGUUAUCGCCAAGCUGAAUUCCAGAUUCUGAAAGCUGAGCUAGAAAGAACCAAAGAAGAAAAGCAAGAAUUAAAAGAGAAAUUGAAGGAAACACAGACACUCCUGGAAGUACUACAGAAGGCUCAGGUCUCCUGCCAGACCCCAGAAGGAGAUGACCUAGAAAGGGCUUUGGCAAAGCUUACGCGGCUGCGUAUCCAUGUCAGCUGUCUCCUUACUUCUGUCCUCCCUCACUUGGAGCUUCGUGAGAUCGGGUAUGACUCAGAACAAGUGGAUGGGAUCCUGUACACAGUGCUGGAGGCAAAUCACAUACUGGACUGAGCAUACUAUAUAAAUAAUCCUUCACUUCUCUUUUCAGCCUAUGUGGUAUAUAUGCACUUUUCUACUGUUCUCUAUUCUCUUUCCCCUCCCUUCUCCUUUUUUAAAAUCUUUUCUUCUCUUAUUCUCCUCUACUCCCUCCUUUGUCCUCUUUCUAUGUCUAUGUCUCUCUCCCCCCAUCCUUUAUUCCUUAUAUAGAGAAUCUGAGUUAAUCCUGGCUCUUAAUCAGUCUGCUUCUUCCUAAGUUUUGGUAUGGAGAAAGAUGCCACUUAAACUUUCAAGAGUCCAGGACAGAAAACCAAUAGUCACUAAGCUAAGUGACCAGAACACUUUAAUUUUCAUGACUUAGAUGCUUGUCCUGUUUCAUAUCUUUCUGAAGUGAUUCAUAUCCACUUAGAUUUCAUCAGUGAACAAAUAUUGGGUACAGUGUACCUGGUAUUUGGGAAUAAAUUAAGAAAUAUAACUCAUGGUUUCAGCUUGUGACAGUUUUAAUAGUCUGGUUGGAAGUAUAAGACAUUCCAAAUUAAGUGACUAUAUAUAAAAGUGAGUGGUAUGAACAUGACGUAGUGAGUCUAGGAGAGGAAAUCUGAGAAAGGCAUCACAUCAGAAAUGGGACCUACUCUCUAAGAUUUAAAGAAUAAGCAUUAUGAUUAUGGUCAUUCCUUAGGUGGCAGAACUCUGGUUGAUAUUUUUCUUCUUCCUUUCUUCCUUUUUCAAAUUUUCUACAAUACAUUUGUUAUUCUUCUUACAUUGGAAAAAUAAAUUAUUUUUUAAAAUGACAA